GGAAAUACGUUGAAACAUGGCAUUCUCGCUCUUCUAUCAUCACCGCCAAAAACAUUGACUUUAGAUGCUGUGUAUAUUCCAAUAUCAUGUUUCACCGAACUUGGAGAAUUGACUUCUCUAACGAAGUUUUCCAUUAAACUUCUACCGCAAAAAUUUUCAAGUGAUUUAUUCAAAGAAUCGAGGUAUUGAAUAUGAUAAUAUAUAAAAGAUGUAACACUUUUAUCAAAAAUGCUUGUUCGAUGAUUGUUAACCAACUCCUUUUAUAUUUUAAAUAAAAGUGUUAAAACAGUUGCCACCAACUGUAAAUAUACAAUCACUUAAUAACAUGAUACGGAGUUACUGACUUCCUGAAGCAAUUAUUUUGUCCGUCUGGACAAUAAUAUGUAGAGAACUAACGGCAAAUGAACAAUCAUACCUAUUUCAUAAUUGUAGGCCUUUAACUUUUGGUCAAGGGAAGACAAUUGUAUAGCUUAAAAAUAAUUUCUACUUAGUACAAUGAUAACUCUUCUCGUUCUUUUAGUGUUCUAGUUUCAUCGCUGGCGACGUUGUAAAUGAUGAGCAACGAUCAGUUAUGACUGAUACUCUGACAACUGUAACGAACUCAAUUGACCUUCCAUCCAAAUCUUCGUCGUUAACUGCAAACGAUCAACUCUUAUCCAUGCAACGUUCAAAAUCGUUACAAUUUGUUCGAACUUCAACAAUAUCAUCGACUGAUAGUGGAACAUUAAGCAAUAAUAGUAGUGAUUUCGACAGUAAGAAAAAUAACACUGUAAAAUGUCGUGCAACUGUGCUUUCACGGUCAGAUGAUUUGUCUCCUCGACACUUAUCCUUUUCAACAUGUAAAGAACCAAGUUUACAAUCGACUAGAGGUGAAAAUUCAUCUGAUGAUAUUGAAAUACAUAGUGUAAUAGAAAUGCAAACAGAAAAUGAAACAUUACUAACACAAAAAUCACAAACAAAAUUAUCCGCAAGCUGUGAUGCAAUUUUAACAAAAAUCGAACAUGAAACCACAGAGAUAGUAGAACCCAUAAAACAACGAUAUCCUGCAAUGAAUGGAAAUCAUAUACAAAAUGGAACUGAACAAGGAGAAAAUUUGAAUCGCUCACUAUCAUUAACACCGGCCGUGACAAGAAAAAUGACAAAAAUUCCCGCUAAAAAGGGUCUAGUUAGUAAAGUUGGUAAAUCAUUUUCAACAUUAAAAUCGAACGUUGUUAAAGCUCUGCAUCCUCAACAACAACAACAACAAUCUCUAUCGAAUAAACAGCCAAUCAGUACCGAUAAUAGUCAUCAAAAUGGUGUUAAUCAUCAAGAAGAGUCUGAACUAAAAAGUAAUUCAACUAGUUUUCCACAAGAAACAAUAAGUAAACGACGUCGAGAAGAUGAAAUAAAUUUACAUCAUUCUCCUUUUAACGAAUUUCUUCCAAUGAAUAAUAAUACUACUGAUUCGAUUAAUAUACCGGAGACAUCUUCACCGAUCGAUCCUACUGAUACAAUUGCGAAACUGAAACAUGAAAUUGAUACGUUAAAUAAUCGGUUGAUAAAAAACGAAUUAUUAAUCGAACAUUUGACAACAGCAUCUCAAAAUGAACGUUUAACAUUUACACACGAACGACUACAAUUGACAAAAACUAUUGAAGAUCUAACAGCAGACAAUAAACGAUUACGUCAGCAGAUAAAAGAAGGAGAUCAAUACAUUUCUGACAAAUACUCACGUAGACGUUCGUUAAAAUAUUCACAAAAUGCUUGUUUAAAUGACAUUAGUCGAUCAUUAUCAAAAAUUGAUAAACGAAUAUCGAAUGUUAAUGAACAACAACAAUCAUUGAUAUCAACAUCAUUAACAACGCCUGACUCUAUGUUAUUGUCUUUUUAUCUAUUUUUAGAUAAUUUAAUGUCUUCGUCUACUGACAGUCAACCUAAGGAACCUCCUUCACCCACAUUUGAUCACUCCACUUUCGCUACACCUGCCGCUAAUUCAACAACCACAUUCGAUCUACCAUCGGCGCCAGAUUCAUCAAAUGAUGAACAAUUAAGAAUUGAAACAACAAGAAAUAAUGAUGAUCUUUCUCAAUAUACAACACCAACAAGUCCCUUAAGUCCACAGCAAACAUCAUCUCCAAAACAACAUCAGUCUCAAUCAACUCCACCAGCUACUACUUCUCAGGCAUCUACGUCAACAACAGUUACUUCAGCAGAGACAGCUAGUGUCGAACAACAACCUCAGACGACGAGUAUCGUGGAUGAAAUGAAAUCGUUAUUGAUAUCCGAAGAUUUACGUUUUCCAUUAGAAGAUACGUGGUCAUUUUGGUUUUUUAAAAAUGAUAGAAAUGCCGAAUGGAAAGAUAAUUUAAUUAAAGUUACAACAGUGUCAACAGUGGAAAGUUUUUGGUCUGUUUAUAAUCAUAUGCAAGUAGCAAGUCGGCUAGGACAAGGCUGUGAUUAUAUGUUUUUUAAAACAAACAUUCAACCUAUGUGGGAAGAUAUAAACAAUAGAAAUGGUGGCCGAUGGGUGUUAAAUUUAAAUAAAAAUCAAAGAGGACCAGAAUUGGAUACAUUUUGGUUAUUUACCAUGUUAUCUUUAAUUGGUGAUCAAUAUGCUGAUACAGCUGAUCAUGUCAACGGUGCUGUUGUAUCAAUACGUAGUAAAGGUGAUCGUAUUAGUUUAUGGACGCGUGAUUGGAGGGAUACCAGUGUUACAAAAAAUAUUGGACGUCGUUUUCGAGAAGUUGCCGAUAUCCCUAAACAAUAUCAAGUUUUUUUCGAAAGCCAUGAGGACCAAGAGACAAAACGUGGCGCCAAUUCAAAAAUUUUGUUCAAAGCAUAG